UUUCAUAUAUAUAUAUAUAUAUAUAUACACAUUUGUACAAAAGUUAUAUCAUAUCCUCAAGAUAAUUAUUUUGUUAUGGCUCCAGAUAGAGAUACCCUAAUGGCUUCCUACAAUGUUGCUAAAAACACUCAAGCAGCCAAUCUCCAAAAGCCCUCUAGGUUGUCGAUGGACACGUUACAAAGGACGAUAUCCGACAUCUCCUUUGAGCUAAGCAAAGAAGUAGAUGAUGUUGUUUCUGAUCACUUGAAGCUUCCUCCUAUUUCGGAAGUUGAAGAUGCAAAGUGCGAGUGUUGUGGGAUGUCCGAGGAAUGUACACCCGAGUACAUUGCUCGUGUUCGUGACAAGUUUCUAGGAAAGUUGAUAUGUGGGUUAUGUUCGGAAGCGGUUAAGGAAGAGAUGGAGAAAAGUGGUGGAAAGAUAGAGGAGGCGUUGAGUGAACACACUAGCGUUUGUGUGCGGUUUAAUAGGUUUGAUAGGACGAAUCCUGUGUUGUUUCAAGCCGCGGCAAUGAAGGAGAUGUUGAAAAAGAAUUCGAGGUUGGAUGGAGGUGGUAAUAGGGCUAAAUCGCUUAGCCCUAGAGAUCAAAAGAGAGGUUAUGGUAAUGUAACUAAGGGUGGACUUACCAGGAGUUCAAGUUGCAUACCUUCCAUUACAAAGGAGAUUAAUGACCGAAAGGUCAUGAAAUGAUCGAUCGAGCAGCCUGCAGCUUUCGAUCGAUACAUUUUCAUACAACGUCGUUUCCAUCAGAAUACAUACAAACUACUCUUUUUAGUUAGUUGCCAAUCUUUAUAUUAAUUUCCACAAGUGACUGCGAUAACUACUAGCGUAGAUUUUUAUCCAUAGCUAGAUCGAUAUCUUUGUGUACAUCGUGACCUCCUUUGAUUGUUUGAUCUAGCUAGUACAUAUUGUAAGGUUCUUAAUUAGUGAUGUAAAUUAACAUAUAAUAAAUUCUCCUUUUCGAUCUUUGGC